AUGCUUCACAUGGCAGGAAGCAAUCUGUCGGCCACUCUCGGAAGAACCUCCGUCCCGGAUGAAAGCUGUCAACCAACUGGAUCUCCUCAAAUCAAAGCCCGGGAGACAAGAUUCUUGGAUGGUUUCUUCCAUUCAUUUGGGGCUUUGAGCCUGGAGCCUGGAGGAAUUUUCCCGACACGGCUGACCGACAACACCAUUGGGGAAGAUUAUUACUCCGAAUACCGUCUGGGUACCGAGUAUCGCCUGAACUCCCAUCACCAUCAUCAUCAUCAUCCACAUCCCAGGGAUCUCUGGACGGCUGCUGCUGCUGUGGCCUCACACGAAGGCAUCCUGGAUACGGAAAGUUGUGAUAGCUAUGGACUAAGACAUUCCAGUAAAGCACUUCGGAACGAGCGUUCGGCCUUCUUUGAUUUCGCGACGACAUCCCCGGCUCACCCGGCUGCUGCCGCCGCCUACUGUUACCGACUGUCGACUCCACCACAACUUGUCAAACGGGAACCCAGCGAUGUAACAGCUUGGCAUACCUAUUCGGAGCGAAUGUUUUCGGAUCCGCUGUACACCUCGCUGAAACUAACCCACAGUCAGCAGCAGUCCUCGUCCUCGCCUCAGUUGACCCAGCACUCGAUAUUCCCCGAUUCGACAUCAUCUCAUCUUAGCUCGGCCCUGGACCACAGCCUCUCGGCCGCAGCAGCUGCUCAUCACCAUCAUCAUCAUCACCAUCACCAUCAAUCGUCGGCCGCGGACGCAGCAGAAGCAUUUCUUCAACAACAUCAAGGCUACAGCGCGUAUCGUCAGCCGUCGGACAUUGUGACAUCUUCGGAACCGGACUACUGCAGUGCCACAUCCGUCGGGGCUGGACAAACGGCACUCGCCAGCAUUUCGACUACCAAUCCAUCCCCAUUGAAUUCACUAACCGGGGGUCACAAUGGGCCCCUCCAUCAGCGAAGAGGAUCACUUCAGCUGUGGCAAUUCUUGGUGGCCCUGCUUGAUGAACCGGCUUCCAGUGCGGGAUGUAUUGCCUGGACCGGCCGAGGAAUGGAAUUCAAACUGGUCGAACCGGAAGAAGUGGCUCGCCGUUGGGGUAUUCAGAAAAAUCGACCGGCUAUGAACUAUGACAAACUUUCACGCAGCCUUCGAUAUUACUACGAGAAAGGUAUCAUGCAGAAGGUGGCCGGUGAACGAUAUGUUUACAAAUUUGUCUGUGAUCCAGAAGCACUGUUUAACAUGGCCUAUGGGGCCACAGCCCCGCCCACCUCUGGAUCCAAUAAUUGCACCGUAUCAGCUCUGGACAGUGCAAUCCAUCAUCAUCAUCAUCAACUCCAACAACAACAGCAUCAUCACUCGCAGGCCGCCGGUUCCUCGACACCACCAAACUGUCCCGCCGGAACUGGAAUUGGCGCCCUGGCCGGUGCAAGUGGCGACGGCAGUGACGAAACGGAGCGUGGUUCCUAUUUCGCAAACGCCAAUUCAGCCUACGGACAUGCUAAUUGAAAUUUUCUUCCGCUGAACAUAGUGCUAGCUUAAAAUCUAACGAAUAAAAUUCUACCCACCCACAUGUAUUUAAACCCGCAGGAAAAGUUUCUAAUUACUUAUUAGCUGAAAAAUAACGCAUGUUGUAAAAUAUUAAACGAGCGGUUGUUGAUCUGGCUUGAGCUACAAACACUUAA